AUGGAUUCCGAGGAGGAAUACAUGUCGGCUCUUUCGAGCGACGACGAGAUAAUGCAGGACGAGAGCGGCGAUGAGAUAUCCGCAGGUGAAGACUUUGAUGACGAAGAGUUCGACGAGCCCGACCCUGACUUUGGCCUGAUCAAAGAUGCAGAGAAGAAGAAGAAAUCCGCACAUGUGGUCUCAUACAAGGUCUAUGAACCGAGCGAUAUUCAACGCCAACAAGAUGACAUGAUCAGCGAAGUCAAUAUGAUUUUAGACAUGCAGAAAGAGGAUGCGGCCAUCUUGCUUCGCCAUUUCCGAUGGAACAAGGAGAGGUUGCUUGAGGAUUAUAUGGAUAGGCCAGAAAAGGUGCUCGAAGCUGCUGGGUUAAGCAGCAAUACAUCCAGCCCUCCAAAGCUGGAGGUUAUCCCUGGCUUCGCGUGUGACAUAUGCUGUGAGGAUGAGGAAGGCCUCGAGUCAUUUGCCAUGAAAUGUGGUCAUCGCUACUGUGUUAAUUGCUACCGACAUUACUUGACACAAAAGAUCCGUGAAGAGGGCGAGGCUGCUAGGAUCCAAUGCCCCUCUGAUGGAUGCGGUCGCAUCCUUGACUCAGCGUCACUCGAUGUUCUGGUCACCCCAGCACUCGCCGAUCGAUAUCAAGAAUUACUCAACAGAACGUACGUCGAAGACAAGGACAAUUUUAAGUGGUGUCCUGCCCCAGACUGCCCCAACGCUCUCGAGUGCGGCGUCAAAAAGAAGGAUUUGGGCAAGAUCGUACCUACCGUCGAGUGUCGAUGCGGGUAUAGAUUCUGCUUUGGUUGUCCGAACCCCGACCACCAACCAGCUCCUUGUGAGCUCGUUAAGAAAUGGCUGAAGAAGUGCGCCGACGACUCAGAAACAGCCAACUGGAUCUCAGCCAACACUAAAGAAUGCCCCAAGUGUAACUCGACGAUCGAAAAGAACGGAGGCUGCAAUCACAUGACUUGUCGAAAGUGCAAAUAUGAGUUUUGCUGGAUGUGCAUGGGACUUUGGUCCGAGCACGGCACCAGCUGGUAUAACUGCAAUAGAUAUGAGGAAAAGAGCGGGUCUGAAGCGCGUGAUGCACAAGCCAAAUCCCGGACAUCUCUCGAACGAUAUUUGCACUACUACAACCGAUAUGCCAACCACGAACAAUCGGCCAAGCUCGAUAAAGACAUUGCUCAAAAGACCGAAAAGAAGAUGGUUCAGCUUCAGACAGCUUCGGGAAUGUCCUGGAUUGAGGUUCAGUACCUCAAUUCCGCGUCCCAGGCUCUCCAAACAUGUCGACAAACGCUCAAGUGGACAUAUGCUUUCGCUUUUUAUCUCGCCAGGAACAACCUGACGGAGAUUUUCGAAGAUAACCAGAAAGACCUCGAGAUGGCCGUGGAGAACCUGUCUGAAAUGUUCGAGAAACCCACUGCAGAAUUGUCUGACCCCAAACUCAAAGUUGACAUCAUGGACAAAACCUCAUACUGCAACAAGCGUAGAGUCAUUCUGCUUGAGGAUACAGCCGAAAACCUUGCGAUUGGUAUUACCACCCCGACCACUUCCAGUAUUCCGUUCAUUUGA